UAGGUGAGAUAUGAACGACGCCGUUUAUUGCGCACUUGCCAAUUCACUUCCACUUCCAGGAAAAAAAAAUCAAAAAAUAGAUGAUAUCAAGUGAAUCAAGAGCUGGAUAAAUCAAAACCUGUUCACUGAAACCCAACCAAUCAGACCUCAGGCGUUUUACAGUUAAUUCAUUUUCAGUUACAGGAAAAACACGUGAUUUCCCCUCUCUAUUUAUGGCCCAUUUCUCCACUUUCACCAAGUCAAAUCAUACAUUUUACGUAAAACAUAUAAAUAAAUAAGAGAGAAGACUAAACACUACACGGUUCCUGCCCUCCAAUUGUUUGAUCUUUUCUUUCUAUAAAGAUAGUUUCUUUCUUCUUCUUCUUUAUUAGCAAGAGAGCUACUGUCGUCGUCGUCGUCAUCUUAGCUAAUCUGGAAAGAAUCAUAACAUGGCAAAGCCUCAUGUGACCAUGGAAGUUGGAAACGAUGGCGUUGCUGUCAUUUCCAUGUCUAAUCCUCCUGUUAACGCCUUAGCCGUUCCAAUUAUUAUGGGUUUGAAGGAGAAGUUCACUGAGGCUGCAAGAAGAAAAGACGUUCAAGCUAUUGUUUUGACUGGCAAGAAUGGGAGGUUUUCAGGUGGUUUUGAUAUCAGUGUAAUGCAAAAGGUUCACCAGACUGGGGAUGCUUCAAUUUUGCCUGAUGUUUCUGUUGAUCUCGUGGUCAAUGCAAUUGAAGAUUGCAAGAAGCCUGUUGUUGCUGCUGUAGAAGGAUUAGCACUUGGAGGUGGCUUAGAACUAGCAAUGGGAUGCCAUGCUCGUAUUGUUGCACCUAAAACUCAACUUGGCUUGCCUGAGUUGAGUCUUGGAAUAAUUCCUGGGUUUGGAGGUACACAGCGUCUUCCAAGGCUUGUAGGACUGCCAAAGGCCAUUCAGAUGAUGCUGACAUCCAAACCAAUCAUGUCUGAAGAAGGGAAGAAGCUAGGUCUUGUUGAUGUUAUUGUGUCUUCUCAAGAACUGCUGAAAGUAUCUAGGCAAUGGGCUUUAGACAUCAAAGAAAGGCGCAAACCAUGGAUGCGUUCUCUUCAUAUGACAGACAAGCUUGGUUCCCUGUCUGAAGCACUUGAAUUACUGAAAGCUGCCAGACAACAGGCCAAGAAGACUGCUCCAAAUAUGCCUCAGCAUCAGGCAUGUCUUGAUGUGAUUGAGGAUGGUGUUGUUCAUGGAGGAUAUAGUGGAGUUCUAAAGGAAGCAAAAGUAUUCAAGGAGUUAGUAAUAUCAGACACAGCAAAAAGUCUUAUUCAUGUCUUUUUUGCCCAGCGCACAACAUCAAAGUUGCCUAAUGUCUCUGAUAUUGGGCUCAAACCAAGGCAAAUAAAGAAGGUUGCUGUCAUUGGUGGAGGUUUAAUGGGUUCUGGCAUAAUUACGGCUCUUAUCACGAGCGGCAUUUAUGUUGUUCUCAAGGAAAUUAACUCUGAAUAUCUUCUGAAAGGAAUAAAGAUGGUAGAAGCAAAUGUCCGAGGGUUAGUAACUAGGGGAAAGCUGUCACCAGAUAAGGCAGACAAAGCCCUCUCGAUGCUUAAAGGUGUGCUGGACUACUCAGAUUUCAGAGAUGUGGAUAUGGUCAUAGAGGCAGUUAUUGAAAGUAUCCCUCUGAAGCAAAAAAUUUUUAGUGAAAUAGAGAAGGCUUGUCCUCCUCACUGCAUCUUGGCUACAAAUACAUCUACUAUUGACCUCAAUUUAGUUGGAAAGAAGACCAGUGCUCAGGAUCGCAUUAUAGGUGCACACUUUUUCAGUCCUGCUCAUAUAAUGCCUCUACUGGAGAUUGUACGUACAGACAAGACUUCUCCACAAGCAAUCCUUGAUCUCAUGACAGUUGGGAAAUCUAUAAAGAAAGUUUCUGUUGUGGUGGGUAACUGCACUGGCUUUGCAGUCAAUCGUACUUUCUUUCCCUAUGCACAGGGUGCGCAUCUUCUGGUCAAUCUAGGUGUGGAUGUAUUCAGAAUUGAUAGAGUGAUCUGCAAUUUUGGCCUCCCUAUGGGCCCUCUACAGCUUCAGGAUUUAGCUGGAUAUGGAGUUGCUGUUGCAGUGGGAAAAGAAUUUGCUACUGCAUUCCCUGAUCGCACAUUCAAGUCUCCAUUAGUUGAUCUCUUAAUUAAAAGUGGACGAAAUGGUAAAAACAAUGGAAAAGGAUACUACAUUUAUGAGAAGGGAAGCAAGCCAAAACCUGAUCCUUCUGUGAUACCAAUUAUACAGGAGUCUCAGCGGCUUACCAAUAUUAUGCCUAAUGGAAAGCCAAUAAGCAUUUCUGACCAAGAGAUUGUGGAGAUGAUUUUCUUUCCAAUAGCGAAUGAAGCAUGCCGAGUUCUUGAAGAGGGAGUGGUAGUUCGAGCAUCAGAUCUGGAUAUCGCAUCUGUUCUGGGAAUGAGUUUCCCAUCUUAUCGUGGUGGUAUUGUUUUCUGGGCUGACACGGUUGGACCUAAGCAUAUAUAUACGAGUCUGAAGAAGUGGUCUCUGUUAUAUGGUAACUUCUACAAACCAUCAAGGUUCUUGGAAGAAAGGGCAUUAAAAGGCAUGCCAUUGAGUGCCCCAGUUUCAUCAUCUCCCGGGUCAAGAUCCCGCAUGUAGAAUCCAUUUCCCCAAAGCAAAUACGAGAUUAAAAAAUCCUUGUACUUGCAAGUCACAAUAAAUCCAAAAGCAAUAAUAAUGUGAUUUCAGAUUUCCAAAGGCUAGACUGAAUGCUUUUAUUUUCUGGAAUUAGCAUUUAUUCCAAUUAUCGUCCAUUUAAUCUCUGAUUGUUUCUUUAAGGAAAUAAGAUAUCAUUAUUAUUGUUUCUUAUUA